AUGGCACAACAAGAUCCUGAUAUUACUGCUGCAAUCCAGUCAUCGGGAGAGUUGACUUUAGAGGGAGCUGCCGCUAAGGCAAAAGAGGAGUAUGAUAAGCUAAUGCAUGUCACACUAGACAUUGCUGUUACUGGUGAGAGUGGAGCAGGGAAGUCCUCCUUUGUAAAUGCAAUCAGAGGACUUUCUGAUGAUGAUGAUGAUGGAGCAGCUCCAACUGGUGUGACAGAGACAACAAAGGAGCCAACCAUGUACCUCCACCCCACAAUGCCAAACAUAAGGGUUUGGGACCUGCCUGGAAUUGGGACCCAAAACUUUAAAGCAAAACAGUACAUCAAGGAUGUCAACUUCAACACAUAUGACUUUUUCAUCAUCAUUUCUUCAGAGAGAUUUAAAGAAAAUGACAUCAUGCUGGCCAAAGAGAUUAAGAAAAAUAAAAAAAAGUUCUAUUUUGUUCGCUCAAAGAUUGAUAAUGACAUUUGCACGGAGAUGAGGAAGGCAGGAUUUAAUGAACAGAAUGUGCUCCUCAAGAUCAGAGAGGACUGUAAAAAGAAUCUGGUGGAUUUUAAAGACUGUAAAGUUUUUUUGAUUUCUUCUUUAGAAAUUAACAAAUAUGAUUUCCAGCUGCUUGAAGACACACUGGAAAAAGAUCUUCCAGCCACUAAGAGAUAUGCCCUUAUUAAGGCCUGGCCAGUUUGCUCAAAAGAAGUUUUCAAGAGGAAAGUUGAAGCAUUCCAAAAAUCGAUCUGGGCAUUAGCCUUUCUUUCUGCAGGUGUAGCAGUGGCCCCAGUUCCUGGGAUGUCAGCUGCUUUUGAUGCAAGUGUUGUGAUGGGUUUCUUUGCCAGCUGCUACCGUGCAUUUGGCCUGGAUGAUGCUUCACUUGAGAGACUUUCCAAAAGAACAGGGAAAGAUCUAAAGCCCUUACGGAAAUCAAAGUUUGUGUCUGCUCUUAAAAACGAUGUGUCUUUGCCUGUUCGAAUUUCAGCUCUUGCACUUGUUGAGUACAUUUCAAGUCUCAUUCCAGGUGUGGGCAGUGCUGCAGCAGCAGGCAUCUCCUUUGGCACAACCAAGUGGAUUUUAAAUAAGGGAUUAAAUGAGAUUAUAGACACAGCCAGGGAGAUAAUGAAAGAGGCAGGAUUGGAGUGUUGA